AUGAAAACCAGCACACCUGAAAGUUUGGCGGCAUUUGUCGCUGAAGUGGCUGCUUCACCACUUCCAAUGAGGCCUGCAGCGCACCAAAACUUACACGUUGACAACCGACCCUUGGAUAUAUGUCGAGCGUAUCUGGCUGAGAUAUUGAUUGAAGCUACAAACUGUGAGCUUGACACUGCGCUAGAUUCAAUCCAGUCCCCAAAUACAUUACCGAACGGCGACCUCGUGGUUCCAGUCCCGCGACUUCGACUCAAAGGCAGGCCACCAAAGGAGCAGUGUGCUGAAAUUGCCAGCAAGUUUCCAGAGUAUCAUGCCUUGUUCAAACAGCCAAGUCCAUCUGGUAUCCAUCUGCCGUUUUUUCUUUCUCCCAAGACGUUACCCCGACUUGUACUCCCCUACAUUUUUGAUCGCCAGAGCACUUUCGGCCAAGACACUACAUUUGGAAAGAAGGACGCAUCAAAUCCGGAGCUUGGCCGAAAACGAAUCGUGGUAGAGUUCUCGUCUCCGAAUAUAGCCAAGGAGUUCCACGCCGGUCAUCUUCGAAGUACCAUCAUUGGCGCAUACAUCUCAAAUCUGUAUAAGAACAUGGGCUGGGAUGUUGUGAAGGUCAACUACCUUGGGGACUGGGGCAAGCAAUUUGGCUUACUGGCCGUGGGAUGGGAGCGAUUCGGUUCAGAAGAAGAGCUAGCAAAGGCGCCACUGAAGCAUUUACUCGAAGUGUACGCUCAGAUCAACACACUAUUCCGGCCAGAGGAGGAAGCCUGCAAACUUGCUCGAGACCAAGGUCGCGAUACUUCAGACAUCGAAUCCAAAGGUAUUUAUGCGGAACGGAAUGCCUUUUUUCGUCGCUUGGAAGAUGGUGACCAGGAGGCAUUAAACCUAUGGCAGCGAUUUCGGGACCUAAGUAUUGAUCGAUACACAAUGACGUACGAUCGGUUGAACAUCAAGUUUGACGAGUAUUCUGGAGAAUCUCAGGUUGCUACCAAAACCAUCAAUGACGUUGAGCAGGCUCUAAAAGAGAAAGGAGUGUACGAGGAGCGAGACGGCUCAUGGAUGAUUGAUUUUGCCAAGCACGGGGCAAAACACUUGAACGUAGCUGUUGUCCGAGGGCGAACUGGAACAACCACUUACUUGCUUCGAGACGUUGCAGCAGUGUUGGAGCGAGAGAAACAAUACGGCUUUGACAAGAUGAUUUACGUCGUAUCAACCGAACAAGACAUCUAUUUCCAACGACUAUUCAAGACACUCGAGCUUAUAGGAAGGAAGGAUCUUGCCGAGCGAGUACAGCACGUCAACUUUGGCAAGGUUCUAGGCAUGUCAUCGCGUCUAGGCAACGUGCAACUCCUCAGCGACAUCUUGGACAAAUGUUCAAUGUCAACGCAUGACAUGAUGCGCCAAAACGAAGCCAAAUACGCUCAAGUUCCCGACCCGGAUACCGUCGCUGACCGAAUUGGAAUUUCUGCAGUCAUGGUACAGGACAUGACUGGCAAACGAAUUAAUGACUAUCCGUUCGACAUUUCACGAAUGACUUCCUUUGAAGGCGAUACCGGCCCGUACUUGCAGUACUGCCAUGCUCGACUCAACUCGAUGCUUCGCCGAACCGGUUUGAGUGUUGAGCAACUGGCUGCGUUUGUGGAACAAGACCCGAAAGCCUUGGAGACUGACUUGGGUGCAAAUAGUCAUUGUGUCAAUCUGCUUCGACUGGUCGCACAGUACCCUGAUGUGACGACGGCAGCGUACAGGAAUUUGGAGCCCUCGACUAUUUUGACGUAUUUGUUUCGGUUGACUCAUCAGCUUUCGUCUUGUUAUGAUGCCGUUCAAGUGGUUAGGGCUGAGGAGGGCGUAGAUGCUAAGACUGCGCGGGCUGCUAUGUAUGAAGCUGCUCGGCAGGUGUUGGAGAAUGGAAUGCGGUUACUUGGGAUUACUCCCGUUGAGAGGUAA